AUGAGUUUAGCUACUUGGUGUGACGACAAGCCAUUUAUUCACCUUUACCCUGGGAAAACUGAAUGCGAAGGUGUCUCUCUCGACCUCCUUUCCAUCAUCGCCCAGAAGUAUGGAUUCUCCUACAAUGUCCAGCUGAAAACUGCUGAUGGUCGCUGGGGAUCCAAAGUGAACGGAACCUGGAACGGAAUGUUUGCUGACCUCAUGUACAACGGCAAGCACUUAACUAUAAACUACUUUCUCCUCACUGAAGAAAGGUACAGCGAUUUUGACACCACCUACCCAUACUUUAAUGAGGGAUUUGGCUUCGUUCUUCGCAAACCUCCUCCCCUGCCUGCGUGGCGGGGGCUGUACUACCCGUUCUCGACAUCUGUGUGGAUACUCUUCAUAUUCACCACAGCCAUCGUCAUCGUUUUGGUUACCGCUGUUUUAUUCAUCACAAAAGAAGGUCGAAAAUCUGAUUCAUCAGUUUUGAUGGUUUUGGCAGCAGUGAUUCGUGUUCACUACCGUGACACUAUACGCAAGACUUGGGUGAUGCUGUGGAUGUUGUGCUGGCGGUUGGCGGUCUUCGUGCUGUCUUUGGCCUACACUUCCAACCUUGUGGCCUUCCUCACUGUUCCUGUAACUCGGUCUAAGAUCCAGACCGUCGACGAACUUGCUGCUUCUAAUUUGAGGCCGCUCAUGCAAGACUAUGGAAGCUUCUUACCAGGAGCGCUACGGAUAUCGGAAGACCCGUCCCUCAGGACUCUUGGCAACAGAUUUGACAUAUUCCCGUACGAGUACAACUCGUUUACCAAAUACGCCUUUCCCAAAGUCCUUGCUGAUACACAUGCACUAGUGGACAUCUACUCGUACCUUUAUCUGGUACGAUAUGAAUCCAACAUGGUCGAGUCUACCUACUUCAUGCGCGAGAAGGUUCUUCCUGGCUACCUCACUUGGAUCCUACCUAAGAACACGGCCUACACGAUCGCCAUAUCUGAAUCAGUUCUUCCUGGCUACCUCACUUGGAUCCUUCCUAAGAACACGGCCUACACGAUCGCCAUAUCUAACGCCCUCCAGAGGUUCGUGGAGUCGGGCAUCGUCCAGAAGCUCUACAGGAAGCACAUGGUUGAGCCUCAUGACCAGGAAACGUUCAUUGAUUUUUUUGGCUUCAGCAGGGAACCAAUGCGCUUCGGUAAGCGUCUCUACGCAAACUCAUACAGUCAAGAAAAUUUCGGAGAUCAUCAGGCAUUUCUUGGAAUCGUGAGCCGCGACCGCAUCUUGAAAAACUUCAUUUGGCGGGACAUGAUGAGGAAACGGCGAGCCAAGUCCACUGCACGGCCAGCAGAAUCAGAAGCCCGGCAGAAUCAUAAGCAAACAACGAAAACAUCCCCUACGAUCACGAGAAAAUUGAGAAAGAAGUUCUCUGAUGAUAGCAAUGAUGAUGAAUAUGAUUUAUCGCAUGCUGACUGCCACGAAAUGGACAAGCAAGGCUCGACCGACGACUUUAACGAGGGUGUAGAAGCGAUUCAGGACCAUACAGGUGAACACGCAAGUGAAGGUAAAGUAGAAUCUAUUUCGAAGAAGAAUCGCAAGCGCGAUGAUCUGGAAAAGGUUCGUGAAAGGGGAGACCGUGGAACAUAUAUUUUGGAACAAUACCCAUCCGAAAAUCAGCCGUUUGAAUACCCGCAGGAAAAUCGUCACAGUGAAAUAUACCCGCUGGAAAAUCCUUUACCAAGUCAGAUGUCAGAUGAGCUGGAUAACCUUGGCAUGCUAAUGACCUGA